UGAGGAGACUUUGGUUCGUCACUUUGCAUUGAAUAAAUUUUUCAUUAGCUUAAUUUAAUUAUCAGUAUUUGAAAUGUGUAUACAAAAUCUUAUCAGUUCAUACAUCCUAUAAAAAUUUUGUGAGGCAAUUGUGCCAAUAAAAUAUAGGUCAUGUUUGUUUACUUUUCUGUUGUGAUACAAUAAUUCCAGUUAAUGUCUUAGUGUUUUGAUUGUUGAUAAAUUAUUGACUCCCAAUGGAUAGAGGAAUGACGUGCGAACAUCUGAAUAGGCUAGCUGAUGUUCUUGAGAGAGAUCUCUGGCAGUCCAAAGAGAAUCUGACAUGCUUUGACUGUGGCAUGACAGGACCAAAUCUAUGGAUUUGUUUGCAACCUGAAUGUCACCAUGUAGGCUGCUCUGAAGUUAAAAAUGAUCACAGUACAAUACAUCACCAGAAAUUUCCCUUGCACUGUGUUCAUAUGAAUGUGUCAACGGAAAGAAUAUGGUGUUAUCUAUGCGAAAAAGAGGUCCACAUCAGGGCUGCCUUAGCACAACGAAAGAUGAGUCCAGAUUCAACGUGCAUAGAAGGAUUCGUAAGUCCACGGGUGGGGUCAGGCGGCAUCAGCGUCAAUAACGACGAGCUAGACCAAGAUGAUAUGGAUUAUGAUGGAGACCAACGACCAAGAGGUCUAGUGGGUCUCCAGAAUAUGGGCAACACCUGCUACAUGAACGCGGCACUCCAAGCCCUCAGCAACACACAGCCUCUGACGUCAUACUUCUUGGAGUGUGCUGGCGCUGUUGCUGUACUGGCGGCGGAUAAGAAACCUGGAUUGAGUCGAGCAUACCAAAAACUAAUGAAAGACAUGUGGAGUAGAAGAACGAGAGGCUACGUAGUACCUAAUGGUAUUCUAUACGGGAUGCGAAAUGUUCAUCCGAUGUUUCGUGGCUACCAGCAACACGACACGCAGGAGUUCCUCAGGUGCUUUAUGGAUCAACUGCACGAAGAGCUUAAGGAACCGGUAUUGGACGGUACACCGGAAGACAAGUUGGCAUCGGAAUCGGAGAACGAGCAUCAAGAGUCGAGGAAUUAUCGAAGACGAGCCGUGUCCUCUGGAGCUAGUGACUCGCCAUUGUUUGCCAGAAUGAGGAAGAAAUCGCCGGCUUCCUCGUAUACCGAACCUAGACACGAUGGCUACUUGAGGAUAGAAUCACAGAGGGAAGGAGCGAGGCACCGGAGGUCAGCAAGUUUCGCUGGCACUCACUUCGCCUAUAACGUCCUCACACAACAGAUCAACGGUCCGUCAAAAGAGUCGCCCCAGCGGGACAUAGGGUCCGAGUCAGAGCUAUCGGGUUCAAGCGAAGCCGAGGAGCGGUACGAGACGUGUUCUAGCGGCGCCAGCGAUACAGACCUCCAUAUACACAACAAGUCUAGCAGCAGCGUGUGCGGCGGCGGAGGUGACGGCGGCCGGGGCGGCGGGGGGCGGGGCCAGAGGUUCCGGAGCAUCGUGUCCGACGUGUUCGACGGCCGGCUGUUGUCGUCCGUGCAGUGUCUCAUAUGUAACCGGGUAUCGACCCGCGUGGAGACAUUCCAGGACCUGUCGCUGCCGAUACCAUCCCGCGAGCACGUGACUGUGCUCAGAUGUCAGCAGCCGGCUCUCACACAUGUGCAGGAUUCUUGGUUGUGGUGGUUUCUGAGUUGGCUGCGAUCCUGGUUCUACGGCCCCAUGGUCUCGCUGCAGGAUUGUUUAGCGGCAUUUUUCAGUGCAGACGAGCUUAAGGGCGAUAAUAUGUAUAGUUGUUCCCGAUGCAAUAAACUUCGCAACGGCAUCAAGAUGUCGGGCGUGGUGAGACUGCCCGAGGUCCUCUGCAUCCAUCUCAAGAGGUUCAGGCACGAGCUGAUGUUUAGUGCCAAAGUUGCGGCGAGGGUGUCGUUCCCAAUUGACGAUCUUAACAUGGCGCCUUAUACGCAUAAAGAUUGUACCUCAAAGAUAAGUAGAUAUUCGUUAUGUGCUGUGAUAUGUCACAUGGGCACGGCAGGCGGCGGCCAUUACACGUGUAUCGCGCGGCAACAUAAUGACAGCAAUAGUAAUGGCAACACCGAAGAUAGCUGGUACUCGUAUGACGACGCGGCAAUAGCGUCCGUGCCCGUACAUCACCUGGCCACCUGCGAGGCAUAUGUGCUGUUCUAUAGGAAAGUAAAUCCUCAAAUGGCUCCACUACGACAGAAAGCCGCCGAGAUACUGGAGUCUUCCAGCGCUGAAACCAAUGAUAUUAAGUUCUAUAUAUCCAGGCAGUGGAUUAAUAAGUUCAAUACGUGGGCGGAACCGGGCCCAAUCGAUAACAGUGACUUCGUGUGCGUGCACGGCGGCGUGCGACCCGAGCGGGUGCAACACUUGUACGUGCUCGCCGUGCGACUGCCGCAGCCGCUGUGGGAGUUCUUACACAACGAGUUCGGCGGCGGGCCGGCCGUGUCUCACGCCCACGAGUGCGCCGUGUGCGGGCGAGAGGCGCGGCGUCUGCGCAUGCGCCGGGAGACCGAGCGGGCUGCCUUCUCGCAUCUCCACGACUCGUUCCAGGAGCAAGAGCAGCCCCGCGCGAUAUACGCCAUCAGCAUGCAGUGGUUCCGGCAGUGGCAGGCCUUCAUCCGCAACCAGGCGCGACAUCCGCCACCACCUGUUGACAACACUGACAUUCUCGUCAAACAGGAAAGCGACGGCAUAACAAAAUACACGCUGAAGCCUGGCUCAGACCAUGCACAGCUUAGCGAAGAGUUGUGGCGAUUCUUUAUCGAUAUAUACGGGGGCGGGCCUGAAGUCAAACUGAAGUCUCCAUCACACACGCCGGUCACCCACGAGACACACAGGCCGACUAGAAAGUACUCAGAAUCGGAGCGGACGUCGUACUGCACUAAAUCAACGUCCGAAGUGAAUAUCCGCGAUUCGAUUCAGAACGAACUACAAAAGAAUCAAUCGCUGCAGAAUAUAAGUCGGCGGAACAGGUUCCGGUCCGAUUCAGAUGAAGAAGUCAGCUACCGGCACGCGUUUAUGUACAAAAAUCAUGAGCCCAAUGGAAACUAUGAAUCCGAUUCGGAGCUGCCGAAGUACAACACUAUUCGAAUGGAGAACGGUUUCGAUAGUUCCGAUCACGAUGCUAAUGACAACACUAUCUACACGGACUCGGAGUUGCCGAACGUUGGCAACAUCUCGUUGAAGAACAAGGCGCGCUCGGGUAAAGUGAGAAAGACGAAACGACGGACGGUCAAAUGAUUCUUUCACGUGUUUCGGUUUGUCUACAGAUUGAGGAAGGGCCGUGGACAUUACCUUUGAGUGGUUUUCAAGUGACUUUUAAAAUCUAUUUUUGCAAUCUUGUUUUAGGCGGGAACAAAAAUGUCCGACCUUCGCGCAAUUUUAAAUUGUAGUUUUUAUUACUUUUCAACUAUUGAAAUAAUUGACUAAUGAAUGAAAGCUUAGAUCAUUUAUACGCCUAGAUAAUGCCACUUGCUGCUAGACAAACGAUGAAAAAAGGCCAGGUUUUAUUACUUCAGUGUGUGUGACAAGCUACGACUUAUACUUGCGAUUUGUAUGUCACUUUGUGUUAGUGUGCGUGCAUAUCUCUAAAUAGACGUUAACUGUCAAUCUCAAUUUUUUUCGACGUUUUCACAGUCAUGACAAUCACACAUUUAAAAAAAAUCUUUAUUCACUGUAUGAUGAAGUACAAAAGUUACAAUAACAUUCAAAUUAGUAUAACAAUAUUCGUUGACAGAAUAGAUGUUAAUUUAUUUUUUACGAUACAAUAUUUUUUUUUAAUUGGUAACAUUUUAAUAUGAUUUGGGAGUUUAUUAUAAAAUAUAACGCAAUCCACUUUAAAAGAUUUAGCAAUUUUACAGAGCCCAGUAGAGGUAGUCUUGGCUAGUCUAUCUAGAUAUGUAAAUGAUCUACGAAUGAAAGUGUGAAUUUGGGUGUUCAAUGGGAAGUUUAAAAAUGCUUAUAUAGAAAUAAUCUAUUGUAUAUCUUAAUAUACCUGGUUUGAAGACAUGUGACAUGAAAGUAUGUAGGUAUUGUGCACCGUGAUUGCUUUUGGCAUGCUUAGAUUGUACGGUAUUGUGGAUAUCGUGUCUCGCACACAAUUACCCUAAAACAGGGGUGCUCAAGCUUGAACUGCUGGCAAUAUACCUCAAAACUGUUAGACAACGAUCGACUCUGAGAGGCUUCAAGUAUGUGUGAUUAAGGAUUGUCGUCUGGGACGAUGACAUAGAUAUUAGUUUUGCGCACAAUAAUAGUCAUUAUUUUUUGUUAAGGCAUAAGGUGUCACAAUUAUUCAAAAUUGCGAGUUUAUUGGUUCUUCGUAACAAACGCGUUCUAGUGUCUAAAGUUCUAAACUUAACUAAAGAGUGACUUUGGAUAUUGAAUCUGUAUGUCCUGGGCAUACUUUUCAUAAGAUGGUACGAAAUUACCGAUUUUAGUUAUCUAAAACAAAAUCAUUAAAUAGUUCUAUAUCGGAUUUUUUUCUCGAAAUCGACUCAAAAAACACUCGCGAUCGACCGUUUGAGCACCCCUGCCCUAGAGCAUAGUGACUCUGUGUUACAACUGAGUAUUUGUGGACUGUCAGACACAAGUUAAAGGAAAUAAUUAAAAAUUUCAAACAAAGAAAUUAGAAAUUUAGAAAACAAAAUUUUAAUCACCUUUGAGUACACUCACGAGUUCUGAAGGCUCGGUGCGUGUCAGUGCCUACGCUAGCUCGUGGCUACUAGAUUACUUAAAGGUGUUCGGAAAUGAUGUUAUUGAAGUAUGGUUUAUUUAGGUGAAUUAUGUAUUUUUUUAUUUUUGAAUUUAUAUUUUUAUCAUUAAGGUUUUAUCCGUGUGUUCAUUUAAUGUCGCCGAUGAAGCUCCAUACUGUAUAAAAAUACAACAAACGAGUUCCAAAAUGAAACCCUGUUGUGGCUAGUAUUAUAUUAUCGGUAAGAUAUAACAUUUUCAAAUAAAUUAAUAAAUAAGAAGGUCGGAAAGCUUUUGAAAAAUAUUUUCAGUAUUCGGAAUUUUUGCUUUAUUUAGACCAUAGACAAUAUAUUAGCGUAUAGACGAUCUGACAGCCCGGUAAUCUGUGACCAAUUUUGAUUUGUUAGUGUGUGCUUUAGCUAGUUUUAAUUAAUAUUCAAAAUACUAAAGACCAAAUGCCAAACUUUGCUGACUGCUUCAACUUCUAAUUAAAAUCGGUUACAGUUACAAUACAAAGUCAAAAAACUUUAUUCAAAUAUUCAAUUAAUUAAACUAAGCGCUUUUGUAUAGUCACUACAAAUAUUUCUUUUAAAUGAAUAAAUUUACCAUAUGAUCGUAAAAAGUUAAGCUCGUGAGAAGAACAUGCAAGAAACUCAACAGCCACUAUUUUCAAUCAAAUAAUGUAUUUUACGAUGGCAUAAUAAAUUAGUUUUUAAGGUGUUGCAUCCAAUAUAUGAGUCGUGUUUAAAUAAUAUAAAUUAUUUCAUGAGAAGUAAUAAAGAAAUAAAUUAUCGUAUUUUGGAUGCAACAACCUUUAGAGCUUGAAUUCAUUGUUUAAGGAUGCUUCAUGAAGCUGAUGGUCGUGAUUACUGUCACAGUUAGUAAUUGCAUCCAACAAAUACAAUGAUUUAUUAACUAUAACAGGUCGACCUGGCACCACAAGCAGUACCCGUUCACCAGUUGUCGCAUGGACCAAUAUAUUCACUUUCGUAUUCUAUGUUCUAUAUCUUCUCUCUCGAACGGUUAGUUUGUCUAUGUGCUGUUAUAUUGUAAGACUAUGAUUUGAAACAAGUACUUUAGUUACACGAACACAUUAAACAAGAUUGCAACGCAAAUUAACAAGUCCUUGUGGUGACGUUUUCGUGCAUUUACAAUCUGACGUUUUUUAUAUUCCAGAGACUAGCGUAAUUACUCAUAUAGUGCAAUUUUCUAGAACAUUCGAGGGUUUCCUGGGUACAAAUGUGCUGCGGUUUGGGACAACUUUUUCCACUUUUGCCCUGUAAUGCCCCUCAUGUUUUAGUACAAUAAUUUUAGUUCAAAUUCAUAUGUAAUAUAAUCGCAACUUCAUAAUUAAUGUGUAUUUCACUAUUGUGUACAAAAUAUGUAACUUGUAUUAUAAAUUUGAUGUUUAUUGAAUAUUUCUACAGGCCAUGUGAAUGAGAUAACAGAUGUAACCAGUAUUGUGAAUGAAAAACUUCCUCUCACCUGGAUUUAUACAUUUAUUACCUCAUUUUUGGCAAAUCUUGCAUUUCUUGGAUUACCAAUGUACCGUGGGUUAGGUAUUUAUUCUGUUAUUCCUGGUUCUAAGUCUAUAUGUUAUUUGUUAAUGGAUUGAUCAGUAAUAUAAUAUAUUUCGACAA